AUGUCUGACGGUAGUCUGGAUUCUAAUGAACUACCACCAAUGCCGCCAUUGAUGAAGUCGAAGUGGAAGAAGCUCAAACAAACUUCUAUAAAGCAUGGUCCAUCGUGUGUUCCACCAUCUCCUGCGUCUAACCUUUUAGAUGGAAACAUGGAGAAAGCGUCAUGUAUGAGAUCCGCUUUACUGGAAAACAGAGAGGACACGAGUACCAUACCCCCUGAGUAUACCAGUACCCUAAUUCCUGUUUCUCCUCCGCCAUUGAUAAAAUGGACGAGGAACACAAUUCAUUCAGGCAGCAUUUCUAACCGUCAGCCAGCUUUCAAACAGACAUUUCGAUCAGCCGACGAAAGCGAAAAUGAUGAAUCAACGACUAGUAUGCCGCCUGAAUUGGAAGACUUUGAGAAUCGGACUUCUGUAUUCAGCGUGUAUAGUGAGCCUGCACCGAUUGUAAAACCUCCUCCUCAGAUUGAAAAGGACUCCUUAACUCCAGCCAUAGCGUCAAAUACCGGAGUUUCUGUUGGAAGUCUGCGUGAAACAUCGGAGCAACCUGAUGCGUUAGACAUGCCGGUUGGAAGCAGGCGUCCUAUCCGACAAAAUUCUGACCCUCCUAAUGUUAUGGAUCAGAAACAGGAUCAGUCCAAGCGUUCUAAGUGUAAGACAUUACAUAGGUGUCAGUUUUGCCAAAAAGAGUUCAAGCACGUUUCUCGACGCCGCGAGCAUGAACGUAGCCAUACUGGAGAUCGACCAUUCACGUGUGAUGUAUGCGGGAGGACUUUCACUCAUUCAGGCAGUCUACAUCGUCAUAAACGUACUCAUACUGGAGAAAGACCGCACAAGUGUAAGAAAUGUGGCAAAUCGUUCACGAAUUCGUCUGAUUUACGCAGACAUGAACGUAUCCACAAUCGUUCGCGGCCGGCAUUGAUUAAGUCAAAGAGGAAUAUGGUUGACCCAAGUUCUAGAGAGUAUGAUCCAUCGUCUGUUUCACCAUCUCCUGCCUCAAACUGUGUGGAAGAAAACAUAGAGAAAGCGUCGUGUAUGAGAUCCGCUCCACUGGAAAACAAAGAAGACACGAGUAGUAUACGCCCUGAGUAUACCAGUAGCACAAUUCCUAUUUCUCCUCCGCCAUUGACAAAAUGGACGAGGAACACAAUUCCCUCAGCCAGUAUUUCUAAUCGUCAGCCAGCUUUCGAACAGACAUUUCGAACUGGCCACAAAAGCGAAAGGGAUACAGCAACGUCCAGUACACCGCCUGAAAUGGAAGCCGUCGAGAAACGGUCCAAACGGACUUCUGCGUUCAGCGACUAUGAUAAACGUGUAUCGCUUGUGAAACCAUCUCCUAAGUGGGGAAUGGACGUUUUAACUCCUGUCAAAGCCUCACAUACUGGAGUUUAUGCUGGAAAGACACGUGAAACAUGGGAGCAACCUGAAGCGCUUGCCAUGCCGGUUGAACGCAGGCGUCCUAUCGAACAAAAUCCUCUCUCUUCUAAGGUUAUGGCUCAGAGUCAGGAUCCGCAAAAGCGUUCUAAGUGUAAAAUAUCACAGAGAUGUCAGUUUUGCCGAAAAGAGUUCAAUUAUGUUUCUCGCCUCCGGCAGCAUGAACAGCAUGAACGUGUUCAUACGGGAGAUCGACCAUUCAAGUGUGAUGUAUGCGGGAUGUCGUUCUCUCACCUGCACAGGAAUGACAACUUUCAGAAGUUUGAAAUCUUCUUCACCACGGACAGCCUACAAAGUCAGUCGCCAAUGAUUGAUGCAGAAACUCUGAAGUGA